AUGCCUAAGCCGGUACAGACGCACCUCCUGGCCUUGGCCAGAGCCCUACCCACUGUCUCGACCAGCUCGACUCUCAUGAAUCUGCUGGACCAGAAGGCCCCUGGGUUACUGGCCGUGAAGCACUUCUUCGAGAAAUGGCUCAACCUCGAUAUCACGGCACUCGCUCUAGCUCUCGGUGUUCUGGGCUCAGCUUCAGCGGGGAUCGGUGAAAUGCGACGGCUCGGAUCGUGGCUCUGGAGAUCGGUAGCCAGGUUCUUCGUUGCGUCCAUCUGCUUGUGUGCUGGCGACAAGCUGAAUCAAGACGUGAUGCAUUGGAUGCGUCAUCACGUCAUUACCCGACAGGAACCCCAGGCCCUUACAGCGUCGACGCUUUAUGGUGCGGAAAACAAUGGCCACCGUCUUUUUCAAGACCAGAGCCAAAGUGACAGGAACCCGCGCAGGUGA